AUAACGUAUUUCUAAACUAUUAUUUUCUAAAGCAAAGACGCUAUAUGUGUCUUGAAAUAUAUGGAACAAUUCAAACAUAACCAACUUGUGAUGGUACUAAUCUGGCUCGUGUCCUGAUGUGUCGUCUGAAUGCACACAGAUUUACCAUUGCAUAACGUAUUUCUAAACUAUUAUUUUCUAAAGCAAAGACGCUUAUGUGUCUUGAAAUAUAUGGAGCAAUUCAAACAUAACCAACUUGUGAUGGUACUAAUCUGGCUCGUGUCCUGAUGUGUCGUCUGAAUGCACACAGGUUGGCCAUUGCAUAACGUAUUUCUAAACUAUUAAUUUCUAAAGCAAAGACGUCUAUAUGCGUCUUGAAUUAUAUGGAACAAUUCAAACAUAACCAACUUGUGAUGGUACUAAUCUGGCUCGUGUCCUGAUGUGUCGUCUGAAUGCACACAGGUUGGCCAUUGCAUAACGUAUUUCUAAACUAUUAUUUUCUAAAGCAAAGACGUCUAUAUGUGUCUUGAAAUAAAUGGAACAAUUCAAACUUAACCAACUUUUGAUGGUACCAAUCUGGCUCGUGUCCUGAUGUGUCGUCUGAAUGCACACAUAUUUACCAUUGCAUAAAGUAAAUUUCAAAUGCCCUAAGUGUAUAUGUUUUUAUAUUUAUCCAAUUAAGUAACUAAAAUUGUAAUGGAACAAUCUGGCUCGUGUCCUGAUGUGUCGUCUGAAUGGACACAGAUUUACCAUUGCAUAACGUAUUUCUAAACUAUUAUUUUCUAAAGCAAAGACGUCUAUAUGUGUCUUGAAAUAUAUGGAACAAUUCAAACAUAACCAACUUGUGAUGGUACUAAUCUGGCUCGUGUCCUGGUGUGUCGUCUGAAUGCACACAGGUUGGCCAUUGCAUAACGUAUUUCUAAACCAUUAUUUUCUAAAGCAAAGACGUCUAUAUGUGUCUUGAAUUAUGUGGAACAAUUCAAACAUACAUGUUUCGCUCGCUACUCUGGUUUAAAUAAAUGAUUACAAAGCCCAGUCGAAUUGUAAUCAAGACCCAAUGUUUCGACACUCCAGUCUAGUGUCUUCAUCAGGGGUGAUCUAAAACUGCGAUCGUAGCUUCUUAAAUACCCAAGGGAUGACGUCAUAACCAACUUGUGAUGGUACUAAUCUGGCUCGUGUCCUGAUGUGUCGUCUGAAUGCACACAGGUUGGCCAUUGCAUAACGUAUUUCUAAACUAUUAGUUUCUAAAGCAAAGACGUCUAUAUGCGUCUUGAAUUAUAUGGAACAAAUCAAACAUAACCAACUUGUGAUGGUACUAAUCUGGCUCGUGUCCUGAUGUGUCGUCUGAAUUAAGUUAGCUAAAAUUGUAAUGGAACAAUCUGGCUCGUGUCCUGAUGUGUCGUCUGAAUGCACACAUGUUGGCCAUUGCAUAGCGUAUUUCUAAACCAUUAUUUUCUAAAGCAAUGACGUCUAUAUAUAUGCGUCUUGAAUUAUAUGGAACAAUUCAAACAUAACCAACUUGUGAUGGUGCUAAUCUGGCUCAUGUCCUGAUGUGUCGUCUGGAUGCACACAUGUUGGCCAUUGGAUAGCCGCCAUAGCAUAUUUCUAAACCAUUUUCUAAAGCAAAGACGUCUAUAUGUGUCUUGAAAUAUUUGGAACAAUUCAAACAUAACCAACUUGUGAUGGUACCAAUCUGGCUCAUGUCCUGAUGUGUCGUCUGAAUGUACACAGAUUUACCAUUGCAAUAAAGUAAAUUUAAAAUUCACUAAGUGUAUAUGCUUUUUAUAAUUGUACAAUUAAUUAAGUUAACUAAAAUUGUGAUGGGGCCAUCUAUCUCGUAUCCUGAUGUUGGUCAUUGAUACUGGCUUGUGUGGUGAGAUGUGGUUCGAAUGACCAGACUAUGUAUUGCAAAACGUCUUUUUUCGAAAAUUUAUUUUUGUAUGAUUGCAGAUGCUGUUAAAAUUCAUUUUCAAUCGCGGACGAAGUUGGCACGCAAUCCAAUUACACCAAGAAAGAAACUCACGAUGUGUAUGCGAAGUAGGAGAGAAAGGGUAUUAAUAUCCUAUUGAUUGCUGUUGUUGUUGUUGUUGUUGUUGUUGUUGUUGUUGUUGUUGUUGUUGUUGUUGUUGUAAAAAAAUUAAUGUCGAUAAGUGCAUUGGUAAACAUAUUGUAUUUUGGGGGAAGGUAAAAUUUUCCUUGCUAAAUAGCCGUAAUUUAAUUGGGUGUUGUAUAAUCAAGAUUGUAACACUUAUUUAUUUCAAUAUUUAUUUAAUUCGCCUACUUUUUCACUAAUGACAUUCAGGGCUAUCCUCUUUACUGCGCCGGAAUACAUUAAUAAUAUGUUUAAAUUCUGUGAGAAUAGUACAUACAAUAUGAGAAGCAAUAGAUGGAAGCUCGCAUUUGGGCAAACCCAGUUGAAACUUUAUGAAAAAAAGUUUCUCGUACCGGGGCGCUGUCGCCUGGAAUAAUUUACCAGAUGUCUUAACUAUAAGGCCAAUGAGCAAUUUUCAAAUUUUGCUUGAUAAAUAUUUUUACGAAUUGACCAUUUGCGUAAUAGACUAAAUUUUGAACUAAACAAGUCUAGACAAAAAUUUCAUCACAGCUUGAAGGAGCAUCACAAAAUUAGUAAUAUUCCAAAGUUUCGUUGCAAAAUGUUGUAAAAUGCGGAAAAUAUAGCCUUGUGAAAUUUGCAAUUUUCAGUCAUUUUAGAUUACAAACGGGAAAUUGACAGCCUCGAAGGGUUUGGGGCUGUCAAUUUCCCGUUUGUAAUCUAAAAUGACUGAAAAUUGAAAACUUCGCAAGGCUAUAUUUUCCGCAUUUUACAACAAUUCGCAACGAAACUUUGGAGUAUUACUAAUUUUGUGAUGCUCUUUCAAGCUGUAAUGAAAUUUUUGUUGAGAUCAAAAUUUAGUCUAUUACGCAAAUGGUCAAUUGAAUGACGUUUGAAAUCUGCUCUAAUUCCUCUUCUUAACGAGAAUAAGGAUUCGUUCUUAAAAUUUAACUAGAGAGCAUGUAUUUGACGUUAUUUUCAUUGUAUUUGUAUAUACCUAGAUUAGUUUGUAGUUUGAAAAGUUAAUUUGUAAAUAAUUACUGUCGUUCCAAUUGAAGUGUUCCUCAAAUAUUGAUUCAAUACAUUACCUCAAGCUGACCAAUUCAUUUCAUCAAGUUCCUCGAGAUAUUCAUACACUUCCUGUGAAAGAGCCAAUUCCAAGAAUUUGAUCAUUUCUGGUCACUUCCUUUCUAUAUAUGAUUGGUUAGUUGCACAAACAACAAAGCUGAUUGGUGCAUUCAAACUAUUCAACAGGAAGUUUACAAUUAUACUAGGAAGUAUAUGAAUAUUUCGAGGAACUUGAUCAAAUGAAUUGGUCAGCCCGAGGUAAUGUAUUGAAUCAAUAUUUAAGGAACACUUCAAUUGUAACGGCAGUAAUAAAACAGCCUUGCCUGAAGGGUUACCGUUGUUAAAUAACUUUAUAAUAAUAAUAAUAAUAAUAUCUCUUUAAAAAAAUGGAAAAAUAAGUCAGUGUUUGUAUGCUUCUUGGUUAAUUUAGUGCCAAAUGGAUUUAAUUUACGUUGCAGUUAUUGGAAAUGAGGUUGAAGGUGGCCACAGAGGAGGAGCAAGAAGAGUUUGGAGCGGCCCUUAAAGUGGAGUACAUCUCUGAGGACGCGGAUGCUUCUGAUGGAGGUUGGUGCCACAUGAAGUUAAAUUGGAGGGCGGAUGAUCUCACCCAGUUUUUUGGUACGUUGGACAUUCGGGCAAACGAGAGGAGGAAAGACCACGUGAAGGAACGCACGAAAAGAACGCAUUCGGCACUUUCCAGAAAACGUGCGCCAAAUGAUGCACCUGCUUGGGCUGUAAAGCCAGUCGAAACAGCUGAAAUUGCAGGCCCUGUCAACACAAACAGAACUCGUGGACGUGGAAUUCGAACACGCGGAGGCGGCAGGGGCGGAGGUGCUGGAACAGGACCGAGAUCUACUGCACGGAGAACGAUCACCUACGCAGCACAAGAAGUGCUUAAUUCUAUAUCAAAAUAAACAUACUAGAUAGCACAAACGGAUACAGCAAAUUCAAUUAACGUUGUCCUCUGACUUGUCCUUUCUUAAUUUAUUGCAUGGUUCUUAACAUCUUAGCAAUACACCAUUUGCAAGCUUUGUCCCUCCUGUAUUACAUAUUUAUUUACGUCCAUUGGGCCUUUUGCUAUUCAAAUUGGACUUUGAGGAUAACCUUAAUUGAGUUAGUUGUCUCUGACAUUAAUGGAAUUAGACAUUUAGUCUAGAUUUAAUGACGUGCUUUAUAUCUAAAAUAUCCUAGUUAGUUUGCAUUCUAUUAUUUUAUGUUUGAUUUGAUGCAUUUAUACUUGAUAUUUAUGUUUCCUGCGUUCACGUUUCACUUGUCUCAGUCGCAUAAAUAUGAAUUCGGUAUCAUACCAGGCAGCUACUGAGACGUACAAGCUGCAAACUGCUUCUUGUAUAUGUAUCCAUAUGAUAAUGAAUGCUAUUCACUUUUACUUUUACUGCAGGGUCACAUCUUUAAUGUCGCGCCCAAACGUUUUCGUGUCCACUUAUAGGCAAGAGCCAACAAGAUGUGUAUAGGCACAAUUCGACAA